AUGGCGAGGCGUAGGGGGCAUCCAACCCUUCUACGCUUGCCCCGUCUCCCUCCCGUUACUCCUCUUCCAGGUUCCGUCAGUGCUUGGCGAAGCCCUACCGGAAUUCCACUACCACCACCACCACGCCGUCGUGUUGGUUCAGAUCUCAUCUACCUCCUCUUCCUCGCUUGCUGGCUCAAGAAGGAGAGGACGCCGCCGAGCCAUAUGUGUGCUAAACUCGGAGGUGUCGUCCGUUCGGCACUAGAUCGGAUUGGAUGGCGACGAGUACGAAUACAUCAACCACGUCACGACGCUAGCGCUUUCGGUCUACAAAGGAUUUUUUUGGUUUUUCAUGCUUCGUUCCCCAUGAAGCGGUUGAGGGGUCAGGAAUUGGGCGGAGGCGCGCUAGGAAACAACCAUGCCCCCUCGGGCGUCGGGUACGAGCCUUCAGGCCUCGCCGCGCUCGCCGACGCCGCCGUGUACUACGCCAGCACGCGCACCGUCCCGCAGCAGUCGCGCGCCGAGAUCUCCCUCUCUCUCGACGUGCUGCGCCGCCGCGCGCCGAUCCGGCUGCUGGUGUUCGGCCUCGGCCACGACUCGCGGCUUUGGCACGCGCUCAACCCCGGCGGCGUCACGGUCUUCCUGGAGGAGGACCCGGAGUGGUACCGCAUCGUGCGCGCUAAGUCGCCGUUCCUGCGCGCCCAUCUGGUCACCUACCGCACGCGGAUGGAGCACGCCGACCUCCUCUUCGACUCCUACAAGAACUUCUCCUCCUGCGUCCCGGGCGCCGGGGCCGAGGCCGCCGACGCCCCCGUGCAGGUCCGCGACAACGCGGCGUGCCCGCUGGCGCUGCACAACCUGCCGCCGGAGGUGUACGAGAACGAGUGGGACAUGCUCAUGCUGGACGCGCCCAAGGGGUACUUCGCGUCGGCACCUGGCAGGAUGGCGGCGAUUUGGACGGCGGCGGCAAUGGCGCGGGCGAGGCGCGGCGAGGGGGACACCGACGUGUUCCUGCACGACGUGGACCGCAAGGUGGAGAAGAAGUACGCCGAGGAGUUCCUCUGCGACAUGUUCCGGGUGGGAAGGGCCGGCCGGCUCUGGCAUUUCAGCAUCCCGCCGGUGUCACGGCGGGGGAACACGACGGCGUCCGGCGGUGGCAAGAGGCCUUUUUGCUGA